AUGUCAAACAAAUUAGACAAUGAUAACAUUAACGACUCUCCAUUUUUUCUUAAUAUUAAUAAUUCGAAAGUUUUUAAUGCUCAAAAUCUUGUAACGCGAACUAGUGUCGAUACGACACAAAAUACAAAGAGAACGUUGGGGUCACCAACUUCAACUAUCAACUCUGGUGAAUUUGCUUUGUCUUUACAAAGUAAUGAUAGUCCUGAUAAACAGUCAAAUUUACAAGCUAUCAUUAGUAGGCUAAGAAAGUUAAUUGAAGUAAUAUCGGCUUUAGUAAAAGAUAUCCAUGAAAAGCUUUACAAAGAAUUAUUAGAUGCGAGAAGUAUACUCAAUUCGUUAAAUGAAAUACAGAGAAAUGUUGAAAAAUUUUCAAACUUACAACAGACGGCACAAUAUUUUGAAUUAGCUGACGAAAUUGAUGAACUUGGCGUUGGGAUAUGGAAUACUUCGAUCGCUUUGAAAACGAGUGGUGUUGCUCGUGGUCCAGAUAAUAACGAUGAAAUGAUAGCCUUAUUUCGACAGGUUGGAUUUGUAAUGAUCCAAACCGGUGCCGGUGCGAGUGUAAAUACUGAAAUAAAAACUGCUGUAAAAUUACUUUCAUUAGCCAAUAAAGUUGGUAAAGCCUGGCUAGAUUGCGGAAGGAGUGAUAAAGCAGAUGAAAUUCUGCGCUCUGCAAAUGCGCUAGAAGAUACGGUGUUGUCUUGGCAAGAGAAAUCAGCAAAAGAACUGCAAUCAAGAUCAACCGCUUUGGUUGUAUAUUACGCGUAUCGUGCGGAGGCGGCUUGGAAAUUGACAAAUAGUCAUGUCGCCAAUCUAAUGAUUCAGCAAGCUACCGAAAAAGAAUAUUUAAACCAUAUUACGAUAAAAGAGAUUGACAUUUUGUGUCAAGUAUGCUUCACGGUUGGGCAUCAAGCUUCGCGAGAGGGGAAAGUAAACGAGGCGAUAAAAUGGUUGAGAAAAUGUCAUGAAUUGAUUUCUGAUAGGAUAUCACAAAUAAACCCCGAGAGAACCAAGAUCCUUACAAGUACGCUUAAUAUCUUAGCGACAUGUUAUUUGAAGAUUUCGGUACAUGACGAAUCUAAUUUGGAUCUUGCAGAGAAUGCAAUAAAUGCAUGUUUAGAGGAGGACCCUGGCAAUGUUCUAGCGACUUCGUUAAAAUUGAAAAUCAUUAAGCAAAGGAACUUUGACCCUGUGUCGUUUGAGGAAGUUUACAUACAAUUAAUGAGAACUGGUCAGGUUACAAAAGAAAGUUUAAAAGUUUUAUUGAAUGUUGCUCAUACCGUUAGUGAAUUUAAUGUGAUGAUGGCUUUAAAAGGCAUGGAUAUUCUCAUAGAAGAAAAGCUUUCGGAUAUUCGCAAGAUAGAAUUUAUAGAAAAAGCUAUUGUUGCAAAAUUUCAUAUAUUGGGGAAUUUCGAACAACGGCAUGGCGUCGUAAUUGGACAUAAGACAAAAGCUGCUUGUCAAUUGAUACUUUGGCAAAAGGGUGAUCAGAAUUAUGCAAUCCAUCAGUAUGAUCGAGCAAAAAAGUGGUACGCGGUUGCAUAUAAAUCAUUAGCAGCUAAUCAAGCGGAUGGUCGCAAUGCCGCAAUAUUACAAAGAAAAAUUGCUCUAUGUCAUCUUGAAGACCAUGCGUUAGCCGAUGCAACCGAAGCCAUCCGCCAAGCCCAAUUGCAUGAAAACAAUUCGGCUGCGAAUUUUUAUAUACUAUUCCAUAUUGCGAUGGAAAAACGACAAAUUGCUCAAGCAAUUCAGCAUCUGCAUGAAAUGUGUAAAGGGGAUGAAUUUCACGGAAAUAUGCUCACGAUGGCCGCUCAUGAGGCUUAUCAGAAAGGAUAUAAGGCAGUUCUUGUCGAAGCUUUGAAGGAAAUUCUGGAAAAACAUGAAAAGGGUGAAGAUAUCGCUAAUGUGGAUAUAUUUGUUUUACUCAGAUGCUUAAUACGAAUGACGUACAACUCCUUGUCUGGCGAUGAAAUGGAAAAGGCUUCACUUAUGGAUUAUAUAUGUGGAUAUUUUGAAAUUGCUUUAAAUCUUAUUAAAUCAACCGAGAACGAACGAAACAAAAUAGAUGACUCUAUACAACAAAAAAAACCACUAUUAAAAGAUUUGGAAUGGUUUUUCAAAACAGCAUGGAAUAUGGGUUUAGAAUUUUGUCAAAUAGCACAAGAAGGGAGUGAAAUGUUUUCCAUUCAAUUAUUUGAUAUCGCUUAUAAGUUUUUAAAUGAAUAUCCCGAAGAGACAUUAGAACACAUUAAUCGUAAGAGGCUUUGUAUUUUUACCUCCCUGUGUGGUAGAUUAUUUCUUUCUCGACAGCAAAAAUCGAUAUCCCAAAAGAAAGAUCUAUUACAACAAGUACUUUCAAGUGUUGAUCAAUACAAAAAGUUAAAAAAGACAUUAGGCAAAAGAAAGAGAUCUACAUUGGAUGAUAUUCAGGAAAAUAAAUCCGUUGCACAAAGCGAUAUGAUCUUAAUAAUUUUAUUCGAGUUUGAAGCUAAAGUAAAGCUGGGGUUGUGGGAUGAAUUACUAACAGCUCUUGAUGCAAGUAUCUCUUUAAAGAAUGCUGCUGAAGCAUAUGAUUUUGAUGUACCUCCAAGAAUCUUUGAACGUAUGGCAGAAUUACUGAUUAGUGAAAAUGAAUGUCCGAGCACAGUAAUAUUUUCUACACUACAGAUUCUGUUGAACUCCAUAACUAAGCGAAAACAAGUGGAUAUUGAACAAUUUUCGAGAUGGUUCCGAAUGCUGAUUAUAACUUCUAUGGUAAAAGAUAGGCAAGCAUCUGCACAAUAUUUCGACCAAGCUUUGGACAUACUAAGUCAGGAAUGUUCAAAACAAAAAAAAUAUCCUGAAGAAGAAAUUCAAUGGCUAAUGGUAAACGCGUGGAAUUAUGGUAUUGAUUAUUACUCUGUUAACGAUUUCGUAAACGCGAAGAAAUGGUGUGAAACUGCAAUAGCUUUUUGCCGAUUCAUGGAAAAUGGUUUAUUAUAUGAAGAAGAG